GUCUACGCCUAUAUCGACAAUAUCAUUAUUGCUAAUAAGAAUAUAGAGGAGUACCUUAAAUAUAUUGAGAUAGUUCUUAACAUCUUCGACAAAGUAUAUAUUUAUAUUUCAAUAGAAAAAUCCUUUAUAGCCUACCUAUCAAUAAGACUUCUUAGCUAUAUAGUCAAUAGCGAAGGAGUAGCUAAGAUAGACGAUAGGAUCGCUAUAUUUAAGAAAUUUAAGUUCCCUAAUACCUUUAAGACCUUAGAACAAUACCUUAGUAUAGCUAGAUAG